UUUUUGGCAUUUUUCAUUUGUCAAAAGACCCUUGCCAGAACCACAGCAGCAUCAUAAUAUACUCGAGCUUCCUCUCGAGAUCUCUGUAUCUAUUUUUUCUUCACAAUCUCUUUUCAACCAUUCAUCACUCUAUCGAAAGCACCGUUGGGCGAUAAUGGAUGCUGCUUGCUCUACCCAGCUUAUCGAUGGAGAUGGUACCUUUAAUGUUUCUGGGGUUGAUCAUUUUAUCAAGGAGGUUAAGCUGGAAGAAUGUGGUCUUUCAUAUGCGGUUGUCUCCAUUAUGGGUCCUCAAAGUAGUGGGAAGAGUACGCUCUUGAAUCAUUUGUUUGGAACGAACUUUAGGGAAAUGGAUGCUUUUAGAGGAAGGUCCCAGACGACCAAGGGAAUCUGGAUUGCUAGAUGCGCUGGUAUUGAGCCUUGCACCGUUGUCAUGGAUUUAGAGGGUACCGAUGGGAGAGAGCGUGGAGAGGAUGAUACUGCUUUCGAGAAACAGAGUGCUCUUUUUGCACUUGCUGUCUCAGACAUAGUUCUCAUAAACAUGUGGUGUCAUGAUAUUGGUCGGGAACAAGCAGCAAAUAAACCUCUAUUGAAGACUGUGUUCCAGGUUAUGAUGAGGUUGUUUAGUCCGCGGAAGACGACUUUGAUGUUUGUCAUUAGAGAUAAAACACGGACGCCUCUGGAAAAUUUAGAACCAGUGCUGAGGGAAGACAUUCAGAAGAUCUGGGAUUCAGUCCCCAAGCCUCAAGCACACAAAGAGACUCCACUUAGUGAUUUCUUCAAUGUUGAAGUGGUUGCUCUCUCUAGUUAUGAAGAAAAGGAAGAGCAAUUCAAAGAGCAGGUCUAUAAUUUGAGACAACGGUUCUUCCAGUCUGUCGCACCUGGUGGGCUCGCUGGUGAUCGACGAGGAGUUGUCCCUGCAAAUGCGUUUGCUUUUAGCGCAAAACAGAUGUGGCAAGUCAUCAAAGAAAACAAAGACUUGGACCUUCCAGCACACAAGGUCAUGGUAGCGACUGUGAGAUGUGAGGAAAUUGCCCAUGAAAAGUUUGCUAGUUUUAUUGCGAAUGAGAAUUGGCGCGAAUUGGAAGAAGCUGUACAUUCUGGUCCUGUUUACGGAUUUGGAAAGAAGCUGAGCCCAAUCCUCCAAUCUUUCCUAUCAGAGUAUGACACAGAAGCGACAUACUUUGAAGAAGGUGUAAGAUCAUCCAAGAAACAGCAGCUGCAAGAGAAGUUAUUGCAACUUGUUCAACCAACUUUCCAAGACUUGCUUGGACAUUUGAGAUCUGGAGCUCUUGAAAAUUUCAAGGAUGCUUUUGAGAAGGCCUUGAAUGCUGGAGAAGGCUUUUCAUCAUCAGCGGACUCGUGCGCUCUGUCUUGCAUGUCUAAGUUUGAUAAAGGAUGUGAAGAGGCUGUUAUUGAACAAGCAAAUUGGGAUACAUCUAAAACCCGGGAAAAGCUUCAGCGCGACAUUGAAGCCCAUAUCUCAUCUGUCCGUACUGAAAAGUUGUCUGAAUUGACUACUCUGUAUCAGUCAAAACUAAAUUUAGCAUUAUCCGGACCGGUGGAAGCUCUCCUGGAUGGAGCUAAUGAUGAAACCUGGCCAGCAAUAAGAAAGCUAUUAAAACGAGAAGCAGAAUUGGCUGUCUAUGGUCUCUCCGAUGCACUAUCUGGUUUCGACAUGGACAAGGAAACACGGAAUAAAAUGCUCACUGACCUUGAGAAAUAUGCUCGAUGUAUUGUUGAAACCAAGGCAAGGGAAGAGGCUGGAAGAGCUUUGAUGCGCAUGAAGGAUAGAUUUGCUACAAUCUUCAGCCAUGAUUCUGAUUCAAUGCCACGUGUUUGGACUGGAAAGGAGGACAUCAGAGAAAUCACCAAAAUGGCUCGUUCUGCAUCCUUGAAGCUGCUUUCCGUUAUGGCUGUCAUCCGCUUGGAUGAUGAACUCGACAAUAUUGAGAAGACAUUGACUCUCGCUCUGGUUAAUCCUACGAGCAACAAUGCUACCAACAGGAGCAUCAGCACAAUUGAUUCACUUGCGUCAAGCACUUGGGAGCAGGUUGCACCAGAAAAGACGUUGAUCACACCUGUACAGUGUAAAUCACUGUGGAGACAAUUCAAAAACGAGACAGAAUAUACCGUUACACAGGCCAUUUCUGCACAGGAAGCUAACCGACGGAAUAACAACUGGUUGCCACCUCCAUGGGCAAUCCUUGCACUGGUCGUUCUUGGAUUCAAUGAAUUUAUGACUCUCUUAAGAAAUCCUCUAUGGCUCUUGGUUCUGUUUGUUGGAUACCUUGUUUCCAAAGCCUUGUGGGUGCAACUUAACAUUUCAGAAGAGUUCCGCAACGGAGCGCUACCUGGACUUCUUUCCUUGUCAACCAAGUUUCUUCCAACGGUAAUGAACCUCCUCAAGAAACUAGCGGAAGAAGGACAAGCGCCGCCAUCCACAAAUACCAACCAAACUGCGAUGAGCUCCUCCGCUCAAUCCGAGGUUACAACCAAUGGUGAAAUCAGCAGCAGUAGCAGCAGCUCCGGUUCGUCUCCAGCGAGAUCUGUUCCCAUUGACACGAGUUCAUAGAACAAAGCCCACGAACCUAUAUAUACUUAAAAAGUUUCGUUACCCUUUACAAAAGGGUAGCUCUCAUUUUUGGUGUUGAGCAAGAGGGAUUCACCGAGAGCACUACGUUUAUGUCUACUGAAGGCAUUGGUUACACUUUUCAGGUGCCAAAGCCGUCUUGUAUGUUACUAGUCAAAGAUUCUGUUGCAGACAAAAAAUUUGUGAUUUGUUUGCGAGUUUAUGUAGUGAUGUGGUUUAUUGUAUCUGAUAAAAGAAUUGUUUCUUGAAGAAAACCAUUUUUUUUUGUUAUAUGUGAAAUUCAGAUUGGUUUGUUGA